UGGUUAAACCGGUCCCUGGUGCAAAAAAGGUUGGGGGGCCCUGCUAUACAGAAUAUUGUGUUAUUUAUUAGACGUUAUCCAAGUGCCAUCUUGUGGUAUAGCCCGAAACUACACUACUCAAUUGUAAUCAAAACCUUUACAUUUAAAAUGAAAAUACAGGUUUAUUUAAAAAAAAAAAAUGGCCCGAUUAGUCGACGGACUUUUUCUAAAAAAAAAAUAAAAAAAUUGGAGGACAUUGCUGGAGCCGCUGAAUCAUCUGUGAAGGAAUGUGUUGAUGUGUAACCAUGGUUACCUGGGCAUCCUCACCAUUUGGACAUCAAUUAUGGAAGACAACUUAAACGCGAAGCGACACUCGGUGACGCCGUGGAAGCCUGGCGUGACCGACCAUGACGCGCACCGCCGGGCCUCGGACGCGCGCUUCAGCUGCUGGACUCCACUGAACAACCAAACCAGCAACAUGCAGUUAUUUGAGGAGAGGAUCAACCUGAUACUCCACUGGUUUGAUCUGUGGACAGACCGACAAAGGAAACACAUGCUGCAUUCCGUGCUCGCACGCUGCACCAAGCCCCAACUCAGGUCCUGUAGAGAUCUGCUGGUCAAAACUCUUCCGGUGACUCGAGUGGAUAUGGCGGCGGUUUUGCCUCGCUUCCUGUCACUGUACAUCAUGUCAUUCCUGUCCCCUCUGGACCUCUGCUAUGCUGCCCAAGUCAGCUGGCACUGGAGAUUAUUGUCUGAACAGGACUGUCUGUGGGCGGGACGCUGCAUCCGACAGGGCUGGUUUCUUCCCUACACACCUGGAGAAAAGGAGUUUGGUGUCUGGAAGAACCACUACAUCUACUGCGUCAACACACUGGACCGGCUGACCCCCCGUGAGGCAGCACGACAGUACGGAACCCUCAACCAACCUAGCGACGAGCCAGCGGAGGAAGUAGAGGAGAGGCUGCAAAAGAGGAUGGUCCGGCAGAGUAUCAGAGCGAAGAUUGAAGAGGAGAAGAGGAUGUCACUGACUUCCAGGAGAGCCUGGAGCAGCAGCACAAAAUUGGGGGAAUCUGGAGGUGGUAGCAUCCAAACCAGAAUUUCCUGGUCCCCAAGGACUUUCGAACCUCCAGGCGUCAGCCUGAGCACAAGCAGAGGGCUGAGUUUAGAGCGAGCCAUGUCAUUCAGCAGAGCCAGCGGCCCACAUUCCACCUUCACCUCCAGACCUGCAUCGCUUCAAGCUCAUCAACCACAUUCUGCAAUCCGCAUGCUGCUGGUCUCCAAUAGAAUCCCUGCCUAUGAGCUGGUGCUGAGUGGUGCCAAAGCUGAAGUGGAUGUGGUUCUCUAUGACCACAUGGGGACCUUUUCUGCGCUGUUGUCCCAGGUGGAGAGGGCUGUUUCUGGGCGCACGGUUCAAAGGAUUGGCCUGUUAGCUCCAGGAGGAACAGAGGAAAUCCACUUGUUUAACCACAACUGCCUAUCAGACAGAACCCUGCUCACUCCCGCGCACCAAGAAUUCUGGCAAAAACUGUGCGUCUUGGUUGCCCCUUCAGACCAAGGCGGUGGGAUUGACAUCUUCUCGCCACUUGCAGCAUCAAUUUCAGGAGUGGCGCUCAUGCAGACUCUGUCCACUCUGACGGGUCUGAAGGUUUGGGCACCGAUGGGUCUUGCCACUGGAAGUUUUCAGAAUAUCUUGAGUGAGUGGUCUGAUGGUAGCGUUGGUGCUGGCGGGAUCUCCAGCCAACAACUAGGAGGUCCAGCACUCCAGUACGUCAGUGCCCAAGUCUUACAGAGCUGGUGUAGACAAACCCAGUGGAUGGAGGAGGCAUUGGGCGAGAUGCGAAAGUCCUUGGAGCCUUGUCUGCAACAGGCCAGCCUACAAGCACGGGGUCGAGCUCUAGGUCAUUCCCUGUGGGAGAGAGUUAGUCUUGAGGAUAUGUGUUUGUCUGAAGACCUUAGCCAGGCGCUCACUGAGGGACUCACUGCUCUCAGCAAACAGAAAGAUACGAAACCUUUGGAGUUUCUCGCCACUUUUUUGACAAGGUGGAAGGGUGCGAAGGGGGCCGCAGAGGCAAACCGAACAGAUGAUGUCUCUCAGAAUUUGGGACAUGCCAAGGUGCAAAUGGACUGGAGAGGUGUUGUCGCGAGAGAGUUACAUCACAGCGAGCUUCUGUACAUCAGCAGACUGGAAGCUCUUGUGAAGGCAUACCAGGAGCCUCUCACAGCAGCCCUCAACUCCAACAGAGCCAUCCUCAGUUCCGCUGAUGUUCACGUUGUCCUGAGCCCCGUAGCGCACAUUCUGAACGUCAACAGGGGGUUCCAGGUAGCUUUAGAAAACAGGCUGCAAAAGUGGGGUGCGGAGCAGUGUGUCGGUGAUGUGUGUCUGGAACUCUGCACACAACUCAGAGUGUACACAAACUACUUCAACAACUACACUACUGCCCUCAGCACCAUCGACAAGCGUAGGGAAACAAAACCGGCGUUUCGAGCUUUCCUGAAGAGAACUGACAGGACUCUGACAACACACAUGUUGAGUCUGCAGGAGCUGCUGCUGUGUCCGAUGUGGAGAAUCCAGGAGUACACAACUCUCUUACAAGCGCUCACCGUGCACACACACAGCGGUCACCCUGAUCACACACACCUCUCGUCCGCCCUCAACACGUUGCAGCGAUGCACACAGUUCAUCCAAGAGCUAAAGCGCAACUGUGAAAAAGAUUGGCUGUUGGAGGAAACCCAAAAAAUGAUACAAGGCUGUCCGAGUCUCAGAGAGGGGAAUCGACAGCUAAUAACCAGUCAGGAUGCUGCCAUGGUCCAGAGUCCCAGUGAAGACAUACCAGAGUCUCUCAGGAUCUUUGAGCAUGUGGCGGAUGUUGGCCUCUUCCUGUUCACGGAUGCACUGGUGUUGACACGGAGGAAAAAGCAACACACGCCAUUCACCGUGGUGCACAGGAGCACGCAUACCUUCCUGGCAUCCGUAGAGCUCGCCAGCCUCGCCGUGAGGAACAUCUUAAACUCACGCUACGUGAGCCACGCCUUCGUCCUGGAGGGUCCCUGUCGGUCGUGGGUGUGCACCACCGAGCACGGGGAGGAGAUGGAGCACUUCCUGUGUGUGCUGAGAAGCACCAUGCAGACAGCCCUGACAAUGUCGUGAUCAGCGGCGGAGAGAACUGUAGCGCUUCCAGACUGACACUGAAGAAGGUUGUAGAGUGAAUACACAUUGGCGUUGUUAGGCCUAUUUUAAGGGGGCUCAAGCCCCCCUAAAAUAUUCUUAAGCCCCCCUAAAUAAUUUGGUGUUUUUUUGUUUUUUUUUACAAAUAAAUGCCGACAUAUUCAUUAUAAAGUGGCCCAAAUAUGAGUUUAAAUAAAUAAUCAUAUAACCUGUUAUUAUUCACUCAGUUUCCCCUCACUUCGUAGCGUAAGGUAGAGAGCCCCUUUCGUGCGUCGGUAUCCAAUCCAUUCCACUUGUUCAUAUAGAAAAUGCCCACAUCACUCAAAUUCCAGCCCGCAUUUUCUCUGCGACCUUGCUUGCGGUCCUGCAGGUGUACGAAGCACAUUAUCUUCCUUUACAAUGAGUGAAGCUGCACAAAACCUUGUGUGUGCAAUUGUAAAUCAUUUAUUUUUUAAGUUUUGUGUUUCUUGUAGAAUCUAUAUAAAGUAAUAUACAUAAGCCUAUUGUUAAAAUAAUGAAAAAAACAUCAUUAAAUAUAUUUGUUUUACUGUAUUGUUACAUUAAUAGCUGUUUUAUUAUUAUAGGAUGGCUUGUUAAACAUUUAAUAGGAUUUUCAGAGGGAGGAAAAACCAAGACAUUUAAUAUAAAAUGUAAAAUGAAUAAAUACAUAAAAAGAAAAAGAAAAUAUAUGGUUAAAAGCCAUCGUCCCGGGGAGCAUUUCAUUUCGUCCCGUGCAUUUAAAAAAAAUAAUAAUAAUAACAAUGAAUAAUUUCUAAGUCUUUGUUAGCCGUUUGUGAAGUUUUGUGCUCGUGCGUAACAUUCGCUCGCAUCCUGUGCAUCUCCUGGGGGCAAAGCCCCCCCUGUCCUUAAAAGCUAGUGACGCCCCUGUGAAUACGCAUCGUUUUCAAUAUACAGUCGUGGUCAAAAGCUUACAUACACUUGUAAAGAACAUAAUGUCAUGGCCAAUGUUCCCUCUAAUUGUUCAUGUGUGUGAGCAUAGGCAAAAAGUCCCUGAGCAUUCAGCGGAGCCCAUGUGAGCAACAUCAGACGUGCACACUGUGGCUACACCAGCAGCACACCCGUCCCAAACCUGACUAAGUCCCCACCUCAUCGCAGAGCCAACACAGAUAGACAGACAACAUUCUCUUAUUAUUAUAAUCAAAUGACAGCAGUCAU